AUGCUAGUCAGCGGGUCAUCGAAAGAACGAAGACGGAGCAACGAUGGAAAGAGAAGGAGCCACAACAUCAACUACUGGACGCAGCUCACAAGAAACGUCAAGUUGUGUCACAUAGAACAGGAAGGGAUAGUAGUUCUUUUUAGAGUUGGGACACGAUGGACAGAUUCCUGCCAGAGAAUCCUUAAAUCAUCUUUAUUGCUGAAAGAUGUCCAGCAGCCCCCCCACAUUAAAGAGGAAGAAGAGGACCUCCGGAUCACUCAGGAUGAAGAGUGUCUUCUAGGGCAGGUGGAGGCUCAUAAAACCAAGUUUCCAUUGACCGUUGUCUCUGUGAGGACUGAAGACUAUGAAGAGAAACCACCUGAGUCCUCACAGCUUCAUCACAGUCCAAAUGUCCAGCAGCCCCCCCACAUUAAAGAAGAAGAAGAGGACCUUUGGAUCACUCAGGAUGAAGAGUGUCUCCUUGGGCAGGAGGAGGCUGAUCUCACCAAGUUUCCACUGACUGUUGUCUCUGUGAGGACUGAAGACUAUGAAGAGAAACCAGCUGAGUGCUCACAGCUUCAUCACAGUCCAAACGUCAAGCAGCCCCCCCACAUUAAAAAUGAAGAUGAGGAGCUCUGGAUCACUCAGGAGAAAAAGUGUCUUCUCGGGCAGGAGGAGGCUGAUCUCAGCAAGUUUCCACUGACUGUUGUCUCUGUGAAGACUGAAGACCAUGAAGACAAAGCACCUGAGUCCUCACAGCUUCAUCACAGUACAAAUCGCCAGCAGCUGAUUGGUCAUCAAGAAGAAUUUCCCCGUCAGUCAUUAGAAGGGGGCUCCACUUUGAGGCAGGAGGAUCCACAACCCCCCCACAUUAAAGAAGAGCGGUGUUUUCUUGGGCGGGAGGAGGCGGAUCUCACCAAGUUACCACAAACUGUUGUCUCUGUGACGACUGAAGACCAUGAGGUGGACAACCUCAUAGCCCCGCUAUCGUCAGAUAGUGACGACACAACGUCGGACUUUGACGUAAAUAUGAAAUCGCACGUGAAAACACAUACGAGAGAAAAAUCCUUUGUUUGUUCCGUUUGUGCGAAAUGCUUUUUUAAAAGCUCUCAUCUGAAGCAGCACAUGCGGACGCACACGGGAGAAAGACCUCACAGUUGUUCAGUUUGUGCGAAGCGCUUUUUUAAAAGCUCUCAUCUGAAGCAACACAUCAAGACGCACACGGGAGAAAGGCCGUUCAGUUGUUCACUUUGCAGUAAAACAUUUGCUAAAAAAAACAAUAUGCAAAUACACAUGAAAACACACAAAGGGGAAAAGCUUUUCAGUUGUUUAAUUUGCGCGAAAAGAUUCUCUAACAAAAGUAAUAUGCAAACGCACCUGAGGAAACAUACGGGAGAGCAACCUUUUAGUUGCUCACUGUGUGGUAAAAGAUUUUAUGACAAAGGUAAUAUGCAAAUACACAUGAGAAAACACACAGGAGAAAAACCCGUCGGUUGUUCAAUGUGCGCCGAAAGGUUUUAUGACAAAAGAAGUAUGCAAAUACAUAUGAAAACACACGCAGGAAAACAAACCUAUAUAUGUUCCGUUUGCGCCAGAAGCUUUGUUAGAAACUGUAGUUUGGGACGCCAUAUGCAGACUCACACAAGAGAGAAUCUUUUCAGUUGCUCGGUGUGUGUCAAAAGAUUCUCGAACCAGCGCGAGAUGCAGAAGCACAUGCGGACACACACAGGGGAGAAAGACCUUUCAGUUGUUCAGUUUGCAAAAAUAAAUUCUCAAUAAAAAGCGAUAUGCAAUUACACAUGAGAAUAUACACAGGGGGAAAACCUCUAUAGUUGUUCGGUUUGUGAUAAAAGUUUUGUUAAAACCCUUAUUUGGCUCGGCACAUGAGAACGCACACAGGUGAAAAACCUUUCAGCUGUUCAGUGUGUGGUAAAAGUUACACUGACGAACGCAAUCUGCAAAGACACAUGCAAACGCACACAGGAGAAUCAUUUUAUUAGUCCCUAAUGGUCUCCUGCAGGGCUUCUCCAAGGUCAAGAUCAGCCCCACGAAGCACUUCGGUGCAAACUCAGCCGGCCCAUUUAAUGUUACGAAGUACAAAACCCAAUUUAGUUGUUUUUAGGCCAAAUAUUUAUAUUUAAAUACAAACCCCAUUUCCAUAUGAGUUUGAAAAUUGUGUUAGAUGUAAAUAUAAACAGAAUACAAUGAUUUGCAAAUCCUUUUCAACCCAUAUUCAGUCGAAUAUGCUACAACGACAACAUAUUUGAUGUUCAAACUCAUAAAUUUAAUUUUUUUUGCAAAUAAUAACUUAGAAUUUCAUGGCUGCAACACGUGCCAAAGUAGUUGGGAAAGGGCAUGCUCACCACUGUGUGACACCACCUUUUCUUUUAACAACACUCAAACUGAGGAAACUAAUUGUUGAAGCUUUGAAAGUGGAUUUCUUUCCCAUUCUUGUUUUAUGUAGAGCUUCAGUCCUUCAACAGUCCGGGGUCUCCGCUGUCAUAUUUUAAGCUCCAUAAUGCGCCACACAUUUUCCAUGGGAGACAUGUCUGGACUGCAGGCGGGCCAGGAAAGUACCCACACUCUUUUUUUUUUUACAAAGCCACGCUGUUGUAACACUUGUCUUGCUGAAAUAAGCAGGGGCGUCCAUGAUAACAUUGCUUGGAUGACAACAUAUGUGGCUCCAAAACCUGUAUUUACCUUUCAGCAUUAAUGGUGUGUGUAAGUUACCCAUGCCUUGGGCACUAAUACACCCCCAUACCAUCACAGAUGCUGGCUUUUGAACUUUGCACCUAUAACAAUCCAAAUGGUUAUUUUUCUCUUUGUUCUGGAGGACACCACGUCCUCUGUUUCCAAAUAUAAUUUGAAAUGUGGACUUGUCAGACCACAGAACACCUUUCCACUUUGCAUCAGUCCAUCUUAAGUGAGUUCGGGCCCAGCCAAGCCGGCGGCGUUUCAGGAUAUUGUUGAUAAAUGGGUUUGGCUUUGCAUAGUAGAGUUUUAACUUGCACUUACAGAUGUAGCGACCAACUGUAGAUCCUGACAGUGGUUUUAUGAAGUGUUCCUGAGCCCAUGUGGUGAUAUCCUUUACACACUGAUGUCGGUUUUUGAUGCAGUACCGCCUGAGGGAUCAAAAGUCCGUAAUAUCGCUUACGUGCAGUGAUUUCUCCAGAUUCUCUGAACUUUUUGUUGAUUUUACAGACCGUAGAUGGUAAAAUCCCUAAAUUCCUUGCAAUAGCUCGUUGAGAAAUGUUCUAAAAACUGUUCGACAAUUUGCUUACAAAGUGGUGACCCUCACCCCAUCCUUGUUUGUGAAUUACUUAGCAUUUUUUGGGAAGCUGUUUUUAUACCCAAUCAUGGCACCCACCUGUUCCCAAUUAGCCUGCACACCUGUGGGAUGUUCCAUAUAAGUGUUUGAUGAGCAUUCCUCAACUUUAUCAGUAUUUAUUGCCACCUUUCCCAACUUCUUUGUCACGUGUUGCUGGCAUCAAAUUCUAAAGUUAAUGAUUAUUUGCAGAAAAAGAAAUGUUUAUCAAUUUGAACAUCAAAUAUGUUGUCUUUGUAGCAUAUUCAACUGAAUAUGGGUUGUAUAUCUAACACAAAUUCCCAACUCAUAUGGAAACAGGGUUUGUAUAUUGUUUUUGAACAGAUUUCACACUGUCAUGUCCAAACACUGAUGACAUCUAAUCAGUUCAAUUAAACCAAGUUAAAUUAGCUCAUGAGGAGACACGUGUUUUGGGCUGUGUUCUAGUUACACAUCCAAGCUCGGUUCUAAAAGUCAAGCCCGCGUGCCUCCUCUAUUUAUUAGGAAAGUCCCCAUUACAUCACUGAAGCUGUCGCUGAGGGAAGGGGGUCAUCUCAACAACUCCAGUUAAACACAAUAUAUGAUUAUAGAAUAAAUGAAAGUUAGUUGACGCCGGUCAUAUCACCUUGUCUCUGCUCUGUCUGCGUCACGCCGCCGCUGUUCGACCUUGGCCGUCAGCAGGCCCAGUCUGGACACAACACUGAUAAAGACAACUGGCAAUCUUUUUGGAUUGCCAGCUUGCACACAUACAAAAAUACCACUUCAGCACAAUUGACAAUUUAUAUCAACAUUUAUCAAGCAUAAAGUUAUGAUAAUAAAUACAGUGAUCCAUUAAAGAUAACUUGAUAUUUUCAGUGAAGUUCAUAAUUGAGAGAAGAAUACUUUUACAGGAACACAUCACACUUACCUUUGACAGUUAUACUGACAUUCGGUGAAAAUAAAGACCACCGUGAAGAGUACUAAUCAUUUAUCUUUGUAAUAUUUGAUACUUUUAGAUGACCUUUCACCCUGCCCUGUAUAUAUAAAAACCUAAAUAAACCCUGUUAGGAUCACAUGAGUGAAUCCGUAUACUCCGACAUAUGAUUACUGUUUAAUGUUAAACACGUGGGAGACAUGAACUGUGGAGAUAAUGACUAUUAGUCAUGAUCAGUGCAUGUAUGUAAUCUGCAGUCUCUCCAGUGUCAUUUUUGGUUGUAUUUACUGAAACCAUCUCUGUAAUCGUUUUAUAAUACAAAAAUGGCCAACUAAUGUAACAAUAAAAAAGUUUUUUCGUAUUAAA